AUGGGAGUGAAAAUGUCGCAAGGUUUACGUGAACCAUAUUGGAAAUCUGGAGAAUGCCCACGUUUGAUGAAAGCUGUGUGCAUUUCCAAGUGCACAACAGAUAAUGAUUGCUUAGGUGAACUGAAGUGUUGUAGCAAUGGUUGUGGCCGGGAAUGUGUUGCACCAAUUAGUGUACUGUCACCAGUUUUGAAUGCUUUACCAAUUAAACCGAUUACUAUUGUGCCAAACAGUCGUGUUGGAUUUUGCCCUCCAAAAAGUAAUAUACCAAAUACAAACUGUGAAAUAAACUGUCAAGUAGAUGCCGAUUGUCCAGGUGUUGAAAAAUGCUGUGACAAUGGUUGCGGAAAAGUUUGCUGUCCACCUGAUAAAGCUACACACUGUGUUCAUCUACUUUCGGCUGUUAGUCGGCUACCAAAAAAACUGCUGGCUAACGGAUAUAUACCAAAAUGUACCGUUGAAGGAUAUUUUGAGAAGGUGCAGUGUGAUAAGGUGUAUUGUUGGUGCGCUGAUUCUGUACAAGGAUGGGAAAUUCCAGGAACAAAAGUGUUCAAGGAGAAUGGACCACCAAAUUGUCAAACUCCAAGAAUAUGUCCAAAUGUAAUAUGUUUGAAUGCUUGUCCACAUGGAUUGAAAACACAGCAAGAUGGUUGUCCAGUAACAACCUGCGAGUGUAAAAAUUUAUGUGAUGAUGUGAUAUGCCCAAGUGAAAUGGAGGACUGUCAACUGGUCGAACCGGACUGUGGUCAAGUACCAUGUUUACCAGUACCAAGAUGUUUGUUAAACCCAUGUCCAAGAGGUCUUCCAAUGACCCUACCUGAUGGGGUCACUGCUUUAUGUACACGUUCCACUCAAUGUUCAAGAAAUUAUUGGUGUCAUCAAGUUGGUUAUAACGGUCUCGGCUUUUGCUGUCUUGCUCCAGAAUCUGCAAUACGCGAAGGUCAUUGUGCAGCUCGUAUACCAAAACAUUCUGAUGAAAGCUGUGAGUCAGAAUGCAGAAGCGAUCCUGAGUGCCAAAUUGGAUCAAAAUGUUGCUUUGAUGGUUGUGGCCUUAAAUGUAUUCCUAAUGGUUUUCCACCAAAUCCAUUCCAAAUGAAACCUGCAAAAAAUAAUGAAGUUAAAGAUCAUAAUAAAGAAAUACUAUCGUCAUUGUUAGCCGAAUGCCCUGAAAACCACCCUCAAGUUGACAACUCAAAAUGUGAUAUUCAGUGCCAAAAGGAUAAUGACUGCGAUGGUAUGAAACGAUGUUGUUCUGCUGGAUGUUCAUCAUUUUGCACUUAUCCAACGAAAACCACAGCCUGCAUUCAUGAAGCAAUGACAGCAGAAGUUUACAAGUUUGCGAAUAUGCCAAAAUGUGAUCCUGCAGGUAACUACGAAAAUAUUCAGUGUGAUGAGGCCGGAUGCUACUGUGUUGAUGUGAAUACGGGGAAGAUGAUACCGUUCACACGAUUACCGUCGGACAUCGCUCCUAACUGCAAUGAACCUAAAGAAACGUGUGGAGAUGUGAAAUGUACAAAAGACUGCAUAUUCGGUCACGAAACUGAUGAUAAUGGUUGCGAAAAGUGUGAGUGCAAAAAUCCAUGUGCCAAUAUAGAAUGUUCUGCAGAAGAAGUAUGUAUUAUGGUAUCGGUUGAAUGCUUCCAAAAAAAUUACUGUUUUCCGCAACCAAGAUGCGUUGCAAACAUUUGUCCCACUGGAACACCUUUUUCAUCUGUCAAAGAUGUAUCAGAAUUGUGUAGCUCUGAUAGUGACUGUCCUGAUUCUUACUGGUGCAACUUACUUGGCUUAAACAAGAGAGGGCUGUGUUGUCCAAAUCCGAGACAGGAGGUGUCGCCAGGCGUCUGUCCGGUGACCUCUGUAGCCAUUUACAGUAAUACAUCGCUAACUGUAUGUCAAAUUCGCUGCAGAUCGGUAGCAUCUAGCCAGGCGGUGGAACCCCAAUACAGUGGUAAAAAAGUUACGGCAUUUGUUAAAAGCUGGCAGUGUGCAAAAAUCGAUCUACACGACAAUUGUACUGGAAAUCAGCAAGAGUCUUGUACGUCUGAUGAGGAGUGCCCUGGUAUGCAAAAGUGCUGUAGCAGCGGCUGCGGAAGAAUCUGUAUGUACCCGAGAAGGACAACAGGUUGCAUCCAUCUGAAGGCUGCAUUGGAGAAACUUGCGUCUCCUUUUACUGUUGAUUGCAAAGAAGGUAGAUGGUUUAUGCCCCGUGUUGAUUUUUUCAAAUAUCCAAAACUUUACACAAAUGGCACAUUUAAUUCGAUACAGUGCGACCAAGACUUUUGUUGGUGCUCGACAUCAAGCGGCAAAGAAAUUGAGGGUACUCGUGUAAACAAUAAAUUGACGCCUAACUGUCACACUCGUCGUGUUUGUCCGCAACCAAAAUGCUCUAUCAAUAUUCAUUGCCCACACGGUAGGGAACGAGACAUGAACGGCUGCAAUACCUGCAAAUGCUUCAACCCAUGCAAGAAUAUUAUUUGUCCGGGUAGAAACGAAUUUUGUGUUCCACAUCCAGUAGAAUGUACCACUACACCGUGUUUACCAGUUCCUCGAUGCGUUGUGAAUGCCUGUCCAGAGGGAAUUCCUGCUAUUGAUGAAGUUACUUUCGAGCCUCUGUUUUGCAGAGAAAGUAAUCAGUGCAAGUACCUUGGACGUCCGGCAUAUUGUAGAAUAUUUAAACGAAACGGAGAAGAUAACCUCCACUUGGGGAGCUGUCCACGUGUGCUGGAAGCAGUCACUGAUGAAUGUACUGUAAAUUGUAAAUCGGACGAUGACUGUUUAUCUACAGAAAAAUGUUGUCAUAAUGGAUGUGGUCUUUCAUGUUUACCUGCAGAGCAUCAUGCUCCUAUAAGGAGCAAAAAAAAGAAGAUUGGCGAAUGUUUGGUCAUACCUGAAACAGAGCCGGCAAACUGCGAAGGUAAUGAUGAAGAUGUUUGUACUACCGACGACGAAUGUCCUGGAAUUCAGAAAUGUUGCUCAAAUGGAUGUUACAAAGGAUGUAUGUAUGCUGAGAUUACUACAGCUUGCUUACAUGCACAUGGAGCUGCAGAGCUGUUUAAAGAAUCGUCGUACAUUCCUCAGUGCGAUGCUGACGGCGAGUUUGUGUCUGUUCAAGCCUAUGGAAGUUCUCGGUUUUGUGUCGAUAGUUCUGGACGUGAAAUCCAAGGUACUCGAUCGGCGCAUAGGGUUCCAAGUUGUAAUUUACCACGAACAUGUCCAGUAUUCUCUUGUAAUCUGCAUUGUCAUCUUGGUUACCGUAAAGAUAGUAGCGGAUGCAAUCAGUGUGCUUGCUUUAAUCCAUGUGAAGAUGUUACAUGUCCAAGAUUUUACGUGUGCAGACUCGUCGAAGGAGAGUGUUACACGAAAACUUGCCCGCCUUAUCCGAAAUGUGUUCUUAAUGUUUGUCCUACUGGUGAGCCACUUAUUACUUUGGACACCGAGCAGUUGGCAACAUGUACAGUAGACAGUUUUCGACAAUGCCCAACUAACUAUUUCUGUCACCGGUUCGGACUAGGCUCAAAAAAUACUGGUUACUGUUGUGCCGGGAACGAACCAGAGCCACUUGAAGAAUGCCCUGCAGUUCCAGAGACCGUCACAGACAACCCUAAAAGAUUUAUUGAGGAGCCGAAGGAAAAACUAGGAGUUUGUCCUGCAAACCCAAUGUCGAAUCCUGGUUGUCGUAGUGAUUGUACAAAGGACAGUGAAUGCCCAGAGUUUCAAAAAUGUUGUCCGUACGGAUGUGGUCGGUUGUGUCAGUUUCCACACGUAGCGACAGCUUGCAUACAUCGAGUGGCUUUCUUGAGGAACGAGAAUCUUCAACUUUCUAAUGAAACCUAUCCGCAAUGUAACACAGACGGUUCUUUCAAGCUGGUUCAGUGUAACCGUGAAUCUAAGUUUUGUUGGUGCGUAAAUACAGUGACAGGAGUAGAAAUUGCUGGAACUCGUGUAGCAGAUUUCGCAGCUGAACCUGAUUGUUUUGGUAUAAUUAAAUCAACUCCGCGAAACUGUCCUGUGACAUGCGGCAACAAGUGUGUUUACGGUGUAAGACUAGACGAGAAAGGAUGUCCAACAAAUGGCGUUUGUGAGUGCAGAAAUCCAUGUGAAGAUCUUAAGUGUUCGCGUUUUGACGACGUUUGCGUACUGAAGCCAGUAUCCUGUUUGUCACCACCUUGUCCGCCGGUUCCAGUCUGCAAAACAAAUCCAUGUGCUGGUGGCGAAUUAGCAUUGAAAGAUCGUUAUGGUAACUCAAUUCCAUGUCUUCGGGACGAAGAAUGCGGUAAAGAGCAAUGUCGAUAUGUUCUUGGAGAGCAGCGUUUAGGAGUUUGUUGCCCGUUUAAAAGUGGCAAAUCUCACGUGAUAUCAGCAAACAAGCGUGGCGAAUGUCCAGUACACACUCCGGACGGUGUAUUUGCUUCUCAAAAUUGUACGCAGCAGUGCAGUGUUGAUACAGAUUGUACGGAUGUUGAGAAAUGUUGCGAGUACGGAUGCAGUCGAGUCUGCACGGCUCCAGAACGUACAACAAACUGCAUCCAUCUUAGAGCCGCUGUUGCAAACUUACGCAAAGCGAAUGCUGCAGUGAGUUUAUAUACGCCAAAUUGCGAUGCUGUUUCUGGCAUUAUCGGCAAAGUUAAAGUCAAUAUAAAUUUGUUUACUGUAAUCAGGUCAGAAAUCAUUUGUUUGUUAGGAAUGUUCAAUACUGUACAGUGCGAUGAAUCAGACAACUGUUGGUGUGUCGAUACAGUAACAGGAAAUGAAUUUUAUGGCACAAAGACAAAACUUUUCAAUUCAGCCUUUAAUAUAUGUGCAAAUAAGAAGGUGUGCUCAGUAACUUGCGAUGAACGAGCGAUGGUGUGCCCAUUUGGACUAGAAACUGACGCGACAGGUUGUGCCACAACUCCAGACUGCAGGUGUCGGAACCCUUGCAAUUCGGUACAUUGUCCGGUCGGAUAUGUCUGCCUGUUACGGCCAAAGGAAUGCAGUGAUCAAACGUGUGUACCGGUACCAACAUGUGAAAAAAAUUGGUGUAUCAACGACAAGAGACCUGCGGUAGAACCGCGAACUUACACUCAGUUUACUUGUUUGGAAAAUCGUACUCAAAUUUGCCCAAGUGGCUUCUACUGCACUGGUUAUGAUUAUAACAGGCGGGGAAUCUGUUGUCCUGGUCAAGAACCAAGUGGAUUUCCUGGUUCACCAGGAGCCUGUCCACAUGGUGACGCCUUUUCCAAUUCUCCCGACGGCUCUCCACUUCAGUGUUCUGUCAAUACAAACGGGUGUCCAUCUACUCACUACUGCUUGUCAAAGCCUACAGAAUCGACAGGAAUAUGUUGCGUCACUAAACGUUACGUUUGCAAUCUAAAACUAGAUCAAGGGCCUUGCACGGUUUCUGUGCCACGCUUUUACUAUAGCUCUGAAAAUCAAACCUGUUUACCAUUCAACUACGGAGGAUGUUCUGGAAACCUAAAUAAUUUUGGUAGCAAGCUAGAGUGUGAACGGUUUUGUGUUGGGACAGGCGUAGACCCGCUGCUCGAUUUUGUAAAUGACGAUGGUGGUGCCGUGUUUGAAAUUAUUGAAUUGGGUUUCUUGCUGAACGGCCCUUCUAAUUUCAAAAAAAACCGGGAAGAUUUUGAAAAGACUGUUUUUGAAUAUCUGAAGAAGAAAUUCGGCUUGGAUGACUCGGAAAUUAAAAAUUUCGCUAUUCGUGGCGAUGACACUGUACGAUUUUCAAUUUACAGUGCAAAUGCUCAUUCAAAAGCACUGGAGGUUUCUAACGCGGUUUCAGAAGGACAACUUAAAUUCAAGUACAAAGGUGAAACAUACCGAGCUGAGCCACAUUCAUGGUUUAGUCACCAGGUUGCCGAAGAAAUUAGCAGUGCUCCGCCCGGUAUAUUCUGGACUCUGAUAACGGCCUCAGUUGUAUUCGGUGGAAUAAUCUUAAUUGCUUUAUUCUUCGCUUGCUUUUUCCUGUAUCGCCGAGGAAAGCAAAGCAGCGGAAGCUCUACUUUCCGAGGAAUAUCGCCUUCAAAUUUUGUAUCUAACACUGGAUAUGGUUCGUCGCCGAUAGAAAGCCCAAUUAGCGAAAAUUCAAAUGAUCAGCGACGAAUAUCUCAAAGGGUAUUUACCACUGACGACAUGGAUCAGGUGAAAAAGGUUGGACGGGUAGACACCAGUUGGCAGCAGUCACCAGAUAACCAAGGAGGUAGAAGACCGAUAAGGACAACUUUGUACUAUUAG